AUGUCUGCUCCCUCAGCCUCUGGCGAGGGUUCAUAUCUCGCUGUUCAACCUUCCUCGCCAACCUCAAAAUCAUUAGAUGGAGAUACCCUACGAUCGAGAUCUGGCUCCUUUCAGUCCGCCAGCGACUUUACAAUUCGAACGCGAGCAGUCUCCACCAAUACAGCCAUAUCGAGGAAUUCGUUUGAAGAUGUCCCCCCAGAGGAAGCGCUCAGGCCAGACAAAGGAAACGAAAAGGAUUUCGAAGUGGAUAACAAUCCUUUUGCCUUUUCACCAGGUCAAUUAAAUAAGAUGUUAAAUCCGAAAUCAUUACCUGCGUUUGCGGCAUUGGGUGGGCUUAAAGGGCUUGAAAAAGGCUUGAGAACAAGUUUGACCGCCGGUCUUUCAGUGGACGAAACCAAUCUGGACGGGAGGGUAUCUUUUGAUGAAGCAACGAAACAGCUACGGGUGAAAGAUAUCGAUGUCAGUCCACCAGUCCGAGGCGACACACAGGCCUCAGGUCGAGAAGUGAAAGGUCAAUUUCAAGAUCGAUUACGUGUUUUUCGAGAUAAUCGACUCCCGGAAAAGCAAGCGGACAGCAUUUGGGUACUGAUAUGGAGGGCCUACAACGAUAAAAUUCUUAUACUUCUGACCAUUGCAGCAGUUAUUUCACUGGCUUUGGGUCUGUACGAAACAUUCAGCGGCGGUUCGGACGUCGAUUGGGUAGAAGGAGUGGCUAUCGUGGUUGCGAUAGUUAUUGUCGUCUCAGUGGGAGCAGCAAACGAUUGGCAGAAAGAACGACAGUUCCUAAAGUUAAAUAAAAGAAAGGAUGACCGGGAAGUCAAGGCCAUUCGAUCCGGAAAAUCGAUGCAAAUAUCUGUGCACGACAUCACAGCUGGCGACAUUCUUCAUCUGGAACCCGGUGACGCCAUUCCAGCAGAUGGUAUCUUCAUAUCCGGUCACGGUGUCAAAUGCGACGAAUCAUCAGCUACCGGCGAAUCUGAUCAAAUGAAGAAGACCAGUGGUCUUGAAGUGCAACAACAGAUUGUGGACGGCACCGCAAGCAAGAAGCUCGACCCUUUCAUCAUCUCAGGCAGCAAGGUUCUUGAAGGUGUCGGUACUUAUCUCGUCACCAGUGUUGGUACAAACAGCUCGUAUGGAAAGAUCUUGAUGAGUCUGCAAACCGACAGCGAAGAUACACCUCUUCAAGUCAAGUUGGGCCGACUUGCUAACUGGAUCGGUGGUCUCGGUUCAGCGGCUGCGGUGCUGCUUCUGUUGGUUUUGACUAUCCGCUUCAUUGCAGGACUUCCCAACAACACCAACACUCCCGCUGUCAAGGGUCAGCAAUGGCUGGACAUCCUUAUUGUCGCGGUUACAGUCAUCGUUGUUGCAGUCCCCGAAGGUCUUCCUCUUGCCGUCACACUCGCCCUGGCUUUUGCCACAACUCGUAUGCUCAAGGAGAACAAUCUGGUUCGUGUGCUCCGAGCUUGUGAGACCAUGGGGAACGCCACCACCAUCUGUUCCGACAAAACCGGUACGCUGACUCAGAAUAAAAUGACAGUCGUUGCGGGAGCUUGGGGAAUCAAUGAUAGAUUUGCUCAAUCCACCCGGUCUGAUAACGAGAAAGUUUCAACAUUUGCGGCAGUCUUUGGCUCAAUCUCCAAACAAGCAAAGACCCUUUUCCGACAAUCGAUCGCCUUGAACAGCACUGCUUUCGAAGGAGAAGAGCAGGGGGUCCCGACUUUCAUUGGCUCAAAAACGGAGACUGCUUUACUUGUCCUCGCAAAGAAUCACCUUGGUCUUGACAACCUUGCGGAAGAGCGCUCCAACGCUGAGAUUGCUCAGCUCAUCCCAUUCGACUCGGCCCGUAAAUGCAUGGGUGCUGUUGUUCGACUCAGCAAUGGCACGUACCGAUUGUUGGUCAAAGGGGCUGCUGAAAUCAUGUUGGCACGUGCAACCCAAGCAGUAUCAGGCAUUUAUUCUGAAGAACUUGACGUAGUACCGUUGGAAAGCGCUGCGAAAGAACAAAUCUCGGCACUCAUCGACGAAUAUGCACGGGAUUCUUUACGAACAAUCGGCAUGCUCUACAAGGACUUCGAACAGUGGCCUCCACUAGAAGCCAAGCGACUGGAAGAAGACAAGAACAUGGCAGACUUCGAUGAUAUCUUCCACGAUAUGAUUUGGGUCGGUGUUGUUGGUAUUCACGAUCCUCUCCGAGAAGGCGUCAUCGAAGCUGUUGCUCAAUGUCAGCAUUCAGGUGUGGUCGUCAGAAUGGUUACUGGUGAUAACGUCACCACUGCCCGGGCCAUUGCAACCGAUUGUGGUAUCAUGACUGAUGGUGCCAUUGUUAUGGAGGGUCCCAAGUUCCGUCAACUUUCUGAUGAGGAGAUGGAUGAAGUUCUUCCUAACCUCCGCGUCCUUGCUCGCUCAUCACCAGAAGACAAACGCAUUCUCGUGGGCAGACUUAAGCAUCUUGGUGAGACUGUUGCCGUGACCGGGGAUGGUACCAACGAUGGUCCCGCUUUGAAGAUGGCCGAUGUUGGCUUCUCCAUGGGCAUUGCUGGUACAGAGGUUGCGAAAGAGGCCAGCUCUAUCAUUCUUCUCGACGACAACUUCUCCUCUACCAUCACCGCGCUGAUGUGGGGUCGUGCUGUCAACGAUGCCGUCAAGAAGUUUUUGCAGUUCCAGAUCACUGUCAAUAUCACGGCGGUCGUCUUGACCUUUAUCUCUGCCGUCACGAAUCCCGAUUAUCACUCUGUCCUUACCGCCGUUCAGCUGUUGUGGGUCAAUCUCAUCAUGGAUACGCUUGCAGCUCUUGCACUUGCAACCGAUGCCCCCACCAAGAAGAUUCUUGAUCGACCACCACAGCCAAAGUCCGCUCCUCUGAUCACCACCAAUAUGUGGAAGAUGAUUACUGGACAGGCUGUGUAUCAGCUCGUUGUCACCUUUGUCCUCUACUUUGCCGGCUACGAGAUCUUUGGUUAUGAUCGAGGCAACCCCGAUCAGGUUGCACAGUUGGCGACCAUGGUCUUCAAUACUUUCGUCUGGAUGCAAGUCUUUAAUGCGUUCAACAACAGACGUUUAGACAACAAGUUCAACAUCUUUGAAGGUAUACACCGCAAUUUUUGGUUCAUGGGCAUCGGCUGCAUCAUGGUCGGUGGCCAGAUAAUGAUCAUCUUUGUGGGAGGUCGUGCAUUUGGUAUUACUCGGAUCGACGGCGUCCAGUGGGCUAUCUGCCUUCUUUGCGCUCUACCUUGUCUGCUAUGGGCAGUUCUCAUUCGCCUCUUUCCAGACGACUGGUUUGGCUUCGUCUUCCACAAUUCGGUUGACGGUGUUGCUUUUAUGUUACGUCCUGUCACCAAGGCACUUCAUGUUGUGUUCCACCCACUGGCUCAAGGCUGGAGAGCAAUGAUGGCCCCUACAAAGCGGGCCCUCAAGCGUUUAACAGCCAAAGUCAGCAAAACUAAGACAGUCGACGAUGUAAAUGGAAAAUUACCUGAGGAUGAAGAAUCACGAUUUUCUUCACCAGUGGAAAAAGUUUCCACCCCAGUGUCACCUCCAACAAACCUUCCUCCUAUCACCCUUACAGGACCAAGCUAG